AUGGGCAGCAAAAGAAAGCGCGGAGCCAAGGAGGCUCCCAUUGCGACCCCAAAUGCACAAAAAAAGGCCAAGAAUGUCGCCUCCCCCAUCGUUCCUGUUGUCGCAGCCGCAAAGCCACCAUUGGAAAAAGCUCCCUUUGUCGAAACUCCCACAAUCGAAGAAAGGAAACGCGAGGGCCUACUAUACGAACACCUUGGCAGCGAGGAUGAUAACGACCGGAUCGAGGCCGCUGAUUGUAUCAUAUCCGGCCUUCUUGAUGGCGAGGGCGUUGCCGAAGCAGUGCUGCAAAGACACCUCGACCGACGGCUCUUCCGCGGACUUGCCAGUGGCCGCAAUGCUUCGCGCAUUGGCUUCAGUCUGGUCAUUACCGAGAUCCUCAGUCAGCUGUUUGGAGAUAAGGAGCCGAGCCUGGCAGAGAAAUAUAGCGGAUUGACAUUUGAUAAGGUGCUGGGUUUCCUGCUGGAAAAGGCCCAGAUUGUCGGUAACAUUCCCGGCCAGGAAGAACGCGACAUCUUCUUCGGCCAAUUAUUCGGUAUCGAAUGCUUUGUCAAGUCUCGUACCUUAUUUUCGGACCCUUCGAGAUGGAACACAAUACUGGAGGAGCUGUUGAAGCUGAGCAACAAGAAAGUCUGGCUCAAGUCGCAAUGUGGAUGGGUUCUCGUCCAGGCAUUACAGCAAAUGAACCAAGCGCAGGCCAAAGCUACACUUGAGAAACUCUCAAAUGCCGGAGUGGCCAAGACUCCCGAAGGAGUUGCCGUCUGGCUGGUUGCGCUCAACCAGUUCCCGGAUCUCAAAGUCAAACCUUGGCAGCAUCCUCUCUCAAGGAAGACCCUCGGUGACUUGACUGCUAUCUUGAAGGAAAGCUUCAAUGACUCCAGCAAAGAUCCUUCCAGUAACUCUCGAAACAACCAACAAGCCUCUUGGACAGCUCAACUGCAUUUUGUUUGGGAUCUCAUCCUCAACCACUAUCUCAAGGCCGGAGACUCUGAAGUGGAAGAUUUUGCUCAUUUCUGGGGCCGAGUUGUCGACGAUGGGUUAUUCUCCAAGCAGGCUACUGACGGUCAAAAAUUCAAGGGCUUCACUGUUUUCCAAAAAUUCCUCGAGGGUUGCGUGGUGCAUCACUCGCUACUACAAAUUCUCUUCAGCAAGAACCUCAUGACCUCACUUAUGAACCAAGCCGCAAAGGAAGAUCGGUAUCUGCAUCGGGCAGCUAUAAAAACAUUAAAGGCCAUCGAGGGUGCAGUGUCCUCCUACCCCAGUGCCCUGGUUCCCGUUCUCGAGAGUCUCUUGAGCAGGAAUGGAGCGUAUAACUUUGAUCAACGAACCAGCACAAAAACGGUCGACAAGUUACUGCAGAGUUUUAGCCUGGAAAACGACAAGGGAACUCUGAAGAUUAUACAAGCUCCCAUCGCCAGUCUCUCACAGCAGGAAGUCUUGGAGGCCCAGACCAUUCUAAGAGUUCACAUCGAUUACUUGUCCAAAGUCCUCGGCGCCUGUGCUUCGCUCAACACGAAGGAAUCUCAGACCAAUAAGCUGGAGGGCACCUCACUUAGUGUUACACUGCAACAGCUAUCACGCCUUGCUUAUUCUCAGCCAGACGACAUUCCAAAGGAUGCCUUGACAGAGCAGAUCCAAGAGCUUGCUCGGACUCGAUUGGAGUCGGCGCUUGCGAAGCUGACCCGCCAGACGUCUGACUUUGUCACCUUCUGUCAAGCAGUCGCAUCUAUCGACUCAAGCGCAGUGACUAUGUCUGAGGAAAUCAAGGCAGCCAUCGAAGGCGCACUGUCAAGAAUGCAGAAGCUCCUAAAGCAGAAGACAAAGACCGACAACGACAAGACGUUGACUCAAGGAUUGGCAAUGCUUCAUGCUAUUUCAAUUUUCCAGCUGUAUAACCAAGAUCCUGAUGCAAUGGAAGUACUGGACGAUCUGGCACAGUUCCACGAGAGGCUUCAAGAGGGCAAACUCGGCGACGACGACACCGGUAGCUCAGAGUUUCUGGUGGAGAUAUUACUGUCCAUGGUGGCUCGCCCUUCCUCAUUAAUGCGACAGGUAUCCCAGCAAGUUUUUGAGGCUUUUACUUCACAGAUUUCGGCUGGUGGUCUGGAGCUGUUGACUGGACCCCUGGGAACCAACGAGAGCACCAGGGGCCAAAAGGAGCUCUUCAACACGGAAGAUGAGGGCAUGGACGUCGACGGAGAGGAUUCCGACGACGACGAAGAUGAUGACGUGGAGGAAAUCUCAAACGUUGACAUUGACUCUGACGUUGAGUUCAUUGGUCUCGCCGACGGUGAAGAAGCCGACGGCGACGCAGAAGAAGAUGGCGAAGAAGAUGAAGAAGAGGACGACGAAGAUUCCGACAAUGACGAUGAGGAAGACGAAGACGACGACGAGGAAGCUGACGAGAAAGAAGGUCCCAUAGACCUCGACGAGCUCAUGGGCAAGAUCCUUAAAAGCCACCGCCUCGACAAGGACGCCGACGCCGAGUCCUCCGAGGACGAGGGCGACAUGUCCGACUCGCAAAUGUUCGCCCUCGAGGACAAGCUCGCCGAGGUCUUCAAGCAGCGCGCAAAGGCCCGCCCGGACAGCAAGAAGCAGAAAAAGGACGCCAAGCAGUCCGUCGUCAACUUCAAGCACCGCAUCCUCGACUUCCUCGACAUCUACGUCCGCAACGAGGUCCUCAGCCCCCUCGCCUUUGCCGUCCUCAUCCCGCUGCUUGGCCUCAUGCGCACCACUUCUACUAAGACGCUUGCGAAUCGCGCGUGCGAAAUCAUCCUGAAUUACCAGCGGGGCAUGAAGAAGGCAAGGAGCGCGGCGGCGGCGGCGGAGGCUACGACGGCACCAACCUACGAUGCCGAGGAGCUGCUCUCCGUGUUAGUCGAGGUCCACGAAGAAGCAGGCAAGGACAACGCGCACGCAUACGCAAAGGCCGCCAGCGCCGCCAGUCUGAUUGUGGCCUCGGCCAUGUUCGCCUCGGACAAAGAGCUGGUGAAGCGGGCGGCGGCCGUGUAUGCAAAGACGCAGUCGGACUGGGUUCUGGGCCAGGCCAAGCUGCAAAACUCCUUCUUUGCGGAUUGGAACAACUGGUGCCAGAACCACGCGUCUCAGGGGCGGAAUUGA